UCUCUCACAUAGUGUUAUAUGCCACUCAAGGGUAUCAUCCUUCUAAUGAUUUUUUUGGCUUUGAUUCUUAACCUGAGGACCAUUUAAAGUUCUCAGGAGUUUAAAGUCUCUCAAAAAUGGACAACAAGCCAAAUAUCUACAGAAGGGAGUUAGUGGAAGUUCAGGGUGUCCCUCUCUUCUGGAGCAUUGCUGAGGAGUGGUCCCAGGUGGAGUCAUUUGAAUCCCGACCAGAUGACCUUUUGAUCUCCACCUACCCCAAAUCCGGCACAACCUGGAUCAGUGAAAUACUGGAUUUGAUCUAUAACAAUGGGGAUGCAGAGAAAUGUAAACGGGGUGCAAUAUACGACCGAGUGCCAUUCAUGGAACUUAUAGUACCUGGAAUAGAAAAUGGCAUUGAGUCUUUGAAAAACAUGCAGUCUCCUCGAUUAGUGAAAACACACUUGCCUGUUCAACUUCUUCCUUCUUCAUUUUGGAAGAAUAACUGCAAGAUGGUCUACGUGGCACGGAAUGCUAAAGACGUGGCUGUGUCUUACUAUUAUUUCUACCAAAUGGCAAAAUUACACCCGGAGCCUGGUACCUGGGAGGAGUUUCUGCAUAAAUUCGUGACUGGGAAGGUGGCUUUUGGUUCUUGGUAUGACCAUGUGAAGGGCUGGUGGGAGAAAAGGAAAGAUUAUCGUAUCCUCUACUUAUUCUAUGAAGACAUGAAAGAGGAUCCAAAGCGUGAAAUUCAGAAGUUGUUAAAGUUUCUAGAGAAAGACCUGCCAGAAGAAACUGUGAAUAAAAUCCUCUAUCAUAGUUCUUUUGAUGUGAUGAAGCAGAAUCCUUGUGCAAAUUAUACUACUAUGCCAGAAUUUGAUAUGGAUCAAACUGUGUCUCCUUUCAUGAGAAAGGGUAUUGCAGGAGACUGGAAAAACAAGUUUACUGUAGCCCAAUAUGAGAAGUUUGAAGAAGAUUAUGAAAAGAAAAUGAGAGAGUCUACACUGAAGUUUCGAUCAGAGAUCUAAGAAAUAAGUGCUCUUUGCCCAACACCUUUGAUGGCAUUUAAAUUAGAAAAAUAUCUCUUUGAACAUUUGGUGAAAGAAAACUCCAUAUGUGACAUUUCCUCAUUUAAUAAUGCUAGUGAUUUUCAAUAGAAUAUUCAAAGAAUUUCAAAGUCUACAUAUGAAAAAUCAGUACUGUCUCUAUGAUUGUAACUACCUUCCACAAAGUUUUCACUGUUCUUAAAGGCUAAAUGAAAUAAAGUUUAAAAUUCUAAAUUUACACGCUCUAUUUUUUUUUAAUUCAAGCUCUGGGUCUUCGAACUUGCAAAGAAGAUAUUUGAGUCUUCAUGAUAGAUUGAAUGGAACCAAAUAUUCCCCAAAAGACUUUAAUUUCCCUUUGUUAUAACUUAGAAUGAUAACUAUGUGUGGCAAUGGAUGAUAACUACACUUGUUGUGGUGAUCAUUACACAAUAUAUACACCAUUAAAUCAUUUUGUUGUACACCUGAAACUAAUAUAAUGUUAUACAUCAAUUACAUCUCAAUUAAAACAACAAUUGAGAGUGCCACUGUCAACUCCUUUGUCUUCCUAGAAAUUCUGCUUCCUCAGAAUAUUUGUAGUGCCAUCGUACAUGACUCAUGAUCAUCUGACAUGAGUGAAACCAGAAAAAUCAGCAUUUGUGCUGCCUUUCACUACCAGAGCCACUAAGUAGAGACAAGGAUUGAUUGUCUAUUGGGGGGGGGAGGUUAUUCAGAUGCCACUGAUCUGAUAAAACAGUGGGUUAUGUACUCUCAAAAACAUCUUAACAGCUCAUUUCAAGCCAAUCUUUUUAUAAGGAGAAGAAAUUGUGAAUAAGGGGUUUGG